AUGACAAGAACGAGGGGGGGUAAAACCGAGUCACAGUGUCAUGAAUGCAAGGGAUAUGGACACUUCAAGACCGACUGCCCCACUGUCAAGAGGAGAAGCAUUACUUGCUACAAGUGCAAAGGAAUAGGUCAUACACAACAAGAAUGUGAGUAUGAUGAGAAGAUGGGGAAGUCGAUGAUGGGCGUUGCUGAUGAAGAUUCUGAAGGAGAGUCUGAAGAUGAGGAAGAAGUCAGUAACUUUGUCGCAUUUGCUGGAAUUGCUGAAAUAGAAGAUACAAAGAUCUCUGAGUCUGACCAAGAGGAUCCACUCACAGAUGAUGAAUCUGAAGUUGAUAUCCAUGAAAGCUAUAAGGAAGUUCGAAAUGCCUUAGUAGAAGUUGGGAAGGAAAACAUUGAGCUCAAGAAGGAGAACACUCGUCUUACUGCACGAGUUGACGAACUUCAGAAAGCACUUCAAGCCGAGAAGGAUCUCAACAUGGAUAAUCUUAACAUCGUGCUUGAAAAGAUGGAUGCAGUUAAACGAGCAGACGACAUUACCAAGGAGUACUUUCUGGAAAAGGAGAAUUCCAGAAAUCUACAAGCUGAAUUGGAUCAACACAGAAAGCAACUCAAGAUGCUGACUGGUACUAAGGAACUCGACAAGAUUCUGAGCAUUGGCCGUGUAGGGAAGUCAAAUCUUGGUCUAGGAUACACAGCCAGCAGUGUUACAACUGGAAGAAUGUCAAGUUUGUCUCUGGAGGGUUGGCUCAGGAUGUCCAUCAAGCAGAUACUAAGACACCAGCUCAGAAACUUGAUUCCAUUCUCAAAACUGGGAAUCGAGGGAAGAGCACCAUGGGACUGGGAUAUGAUUCUUCUCCAACUCGCAAUCCGAAAGGAUUUCAGAGUCCAAGAGGAAAACAUCAAGGAAAGGAGUGCUAUUUCUGUGGGUCCUUAG